AUGGGGCUCCCCAGCGUCACCCUGGUAACGUGUCUGCUGCUGGGCCGCGUCCUCCACGCAGCAACACCAGUAACAGCAGACAUGACGACAGUGACCUCGUCUAGGGAGACGUCUGUGCCAACCGGUUUCUUCACGGGCCCCCUGGGAGCGGAGGACACCUCUGCCUCGGCUGGGCCGUGGGCCACGCAGACGGAAGGCUAUGACUACGGCUUGCCGCUGAGGCUGGUGAACGGCGCGGACCGGUGCCAGGGCCGGGUGGAGCUCCUGUACCAGGGCACCUGGGGCACCGUGUGUGAUGACAGCUGGGACUCCCGGGACGCGGACGUGGUGUGCAGGCAGCUGGACUGCGGCAACUCGGUGUGGGCGCCCGGCGGGGCCCACUUCGGCCAGGGCUCGGGGAACGUCCUGCUGGGCACCGUGGACUGCGCGGGCUGGGAGCCCUCCCUGUCCAGCUGCCCCCACGGCGGCUGGUACCACCACGAGUGCGGACACAGGGAAGAUGCCGGCGUCGUGUGCUCAGCUUCUCUGCUUUCCACGGUGGAGACCCUGGCAGUAUCCACGGAAGCUUCUCUGCUUUCCACGGUGGAGACCCUGGCAGCAUCCACGGAAGACGCAUGGACACCUCCUUCCACAGCUGCCUCUACUCAACUAACAACAGAUGUUGGGACCGAUUCGGCUCUGGCCCUGAGGCUGGUGAAUGGCGGUGACCGGUGUCAGGGCCGCGUGGAGGUCCUCUACCGAGGCUCCUGGGGCACCGUGUGUGACGACGGGUGGGACACCAACGACGCCAACGUGGUGUGCAGGCAGCUGGGCUGUGGCUGGGCCAGGUCGGCCCCAGGCAGUGCCCGGUUCGGACAGGGCUCAGGGCCGAUCGUGUUGGACGACGUGGGCUGCUCAGGGCACGAGUCCUUCCUGUGGAGCUGCCCGCACAGGGGAUGGAACUCACACAACUGUGGGCACGGGGAAGACGCUGGCGUCAUCUGCUCAGCUACUCAGGCCUCCACAUCCUGGCCAGACGCAUGGACACCUUCUUCCACAGCUGCCACUACUCAACUAACAACAGAUUUCGGCACCGAUGCUGGUUUGGCCCUGAGGCUGGUGAAUGGCGGUGACCGGUGUCAGGGCCGCGUGGAGGUCCUCUACCGAGGCUCCUGGGGCACCGUGUGUGACGACGGGUGGGACACCAACGACGCCAACGUGGUGUGCAGGCAGCUGGGCUGUGGCUGGGCCAGGUCGGCCCCAGGCAGUGCCCGGUUCGGACAGGGCUCAGGGCCGAUCGUGCUGGACGACGUGGGCUGCUCAGGGCACGAGUCCUUCCUGUGGAGAUGCCCGCACAAUGGCUGGAACUCCCACAACUGUGGGCACGGGGAGGACGCCGGCGUCAUCUGCUCAGACAUGGAGGAGGUGUCCUUGUGCCGUCCUCUAGAUUUCGGGACCGAUUCGGCUCUGGCCCUGAGGCUGGUGAAUGGCGGUGACCGGUGUCAGGGCCGCGUGGAGGUCCUCUACCGAGGCUCCUGGGGCACCGUGUGUGACGACGGGUGGGACACCAACGAUGCCAACGUGGUGUGCAGGCAGCUGGGCUGUGGCUGGGCCAGGUCGGCCCCAGGAAGUGCCCGGUUCGGACAGGGCUCAGGCCCGAUCGUGCUGGACAACGUGGGCUGCUCAGGGCAUGAGUCCUUCCUGUGGAGCUGCCCGCAUAAUGGCUGGAACUCACACAACUGUGGGCACCACGAAGACGCCGGUGUCAUCUGCUCAGGGUUUGGGACCGAUUCGGCUCUGGCCCUGAGGCUGGCGAACGGCGGUGACCGGUGUCAGGGCCGCGUGGAGGUCCUCUACCGAGGCUCCUGGGGCACCGUGUGUGACGACGGGUGGGACACCAACGACGCCAACGUGGUAUGCAGGCAGCUGGGCUGUGGCUGGGCCAGGUCGGCCCCAGGAAGUGCCCGGUUCGGACAGGGCUCAGGCCCGAUCGUGCUGGACGACGUGGGCUGCUCAGGGCACGAGUCCUACCUGUGGAGCUGCCCGCACAGUCCCUGGAACUCACACAACUGCAACCACGGGGAGGACGCCGGCGUCAUCUGCUCAGCUCACCGAGUCCUCGGGGGCGAAGAUGGGGCCCUGCGGGCCGCGUGCCAGGAGGAAGUUGGAAGCGGGUCCCUCAGGUCCGCGCGGCGGCAGGCCUCCAGGGAAGCUCGGAAGAUGAAGUUCCUGGGAAAUGGCUUUCAUGAAAGCAGCGCCCAGACCACGCUCUCGGGGCCUGCUGCUGUCGCGGAAGCUGCUGCCACCACCGUCCUCAGGAUUCCUCCCGAGACAGCUUCUCUGCUUUCCACGGAGGAGUCCCUGACAGCAGCCACGGAAGUGCAGCGGCGGGAGGAGGAGGACCCCUGGCCCUCGGAGCGGUUCCCCCAGACCCUGCCCCAUGUUAGGAACGUCGUGGGCCUGACGAAGCCCGAGGCGCCAGCGUCCGGCCAGGCCGGCGAGGGAGGGCUCAGCUGCUGUCCUGGAGGCUGCUGCCGCCAACGUCCUCAGGAGUCCCCCCAGGACAGGUCCUCGACCACGUCCACUGACUUUUCUGACGAAGAUGCAGAGUCGGGACCGCCCCACAGUCUUGCCAGCGAGUACCUGGCUCAGGAAGGGACACACCGGACGUGGUCCCAUCACCUCCGCUGGCUUUGCCUCAACUGUGGACCUCCACCCUGGGUGUCCCUGGUGGAAGCGGGGGGAAGUCCUCACCCCAUGGGCAAUCCUGGGGCUCCCUACCUAGGAGCCUCCUUAGAGCAGGCAGAACAGGAUGUCCAUCCUUUCCCUGUGAUGGAGAUGAACCCCUGGGCGUGUCCAAAGAUGACCGCCUGCUUGGGUGUGGCUGUGAGGGAGGCCCUGAGUCUAGAACCUGCCUUAGGCCUGGAGCUCAGCACAAACAGUGAGGAGGUGUCCUUGUGCUGUCCUCUAGGGUUAAGGACCAAUUCGGGUUUGGCCCUGAGGCUGGUGAACGGCGGUGACCCAUGUCAGGGCCGCGUGGAAGUCCUCUACCAAGGCUCCUGGGGCACCGUGUGUGACGACGGGUGGGACAUCAACAAUGCCAACGUGGUGUGCAGGCAGCUGGGCUGUGGCGAGGCCAGGUCGGCCCCAGGAAGUGCCUGGUUUGGAAAGGGCUCAGGCCCGAUCGUGCUGGAUGAUGUGGGCUGCUCAGGGCACGAGUCCUACCUGUGGAACUGCCCGCACAGGGGCUGGAACUCACACAACUGCAACCACGGAGAGGACGCCGGCGUCAUCUGCUCAGGAGCCGAUGCCGGUUUGGCCCUGAGGCUGGUGAACGGAGGUGACCGGUGUCAGGGCCGCGUGGAGGUCCUGUACCAAGGCUCCUGGGGCACUGUGUGUGAUGAUGGGUGGGACACCAAAGACGCCAACGUGGUGUGCAUGCAGCUGGGCUGUGGCGAGGCCAGGUUGGCUCUUGGAAAUGCCUGGUUCGGACAGGGCUCAAAACAGAUCGUGCUGGAUGACGUGGCCUGUUCUGGGCACGAGUCCUACUUAUGGAGCUGCCCGCACAGGGGCUGGAACUCCCACAACUGCAACCACGGAGAGGACGCCAGUGUCAUCUGCUCAGGAGCCAGUUCCGGUUUGGCCCUGAGGCUGGUGAACAGCAGUAACCCAUGUCAGGGCCGUGUGGAGGUCCUCUACCAAGGCUCCUGGGGCACCGUGUGUGAUGACGGGUGGGACACCAAUGAUGCCAACGUGGUGUGCAGACAGCUGGGUUGUGGCGGGGCCAGUUCGGCCCCAGGAAGUGCCCAGUUCGGACAAGGCUCAGGGCCGAUUGUGCUGGACGAUGUGGACUGUUCAGGGCAAGAGUCCUUCCUGUGGAGCUGCCCAAAUAGGGGCUGGAACUCCCACAACUGUGGGCACCACGAGGAUGCUGGCGUCAUCUGCUCAGCAUCCCAGAAUCAUGGAUUCCCUUCACCUACCAGUUGGCCAGCUUCAGGUGCAGCUGGAUCCCGGCCCGAUGCCGGUUUGUCCCUGAGGCUGGUGAAUGGCGGUGACCGGUGUCAGGGCCGCGUGGAGGUCCUCUACCAAAACUCCUGGGGCACCGUGUGUGACGACGGGUGGGACAUCAAUGACGCCAACGUGGUGUGCAGGUGGCUGGGAUGUGGCCGGGCUAAGUCGGCCCCUGGAAGUGCCCAGUUUGGACAGGGCUCAGGGCCAAUUGUGCUGGACGAUGUGGGCUGCUCAGGGCAAGAGUCCUUCUUGUGGAGCUGCCCAAAUAGGGGCUGGAACUCCCACAACUGCAACCACGGAGAGGACGCCGGCGUCAUCUGCACAGGUGGGCCCCCCUCCCGGAAGUCUAUUCUCCUUCAUGGGUGGUGGGAACCAGGGAUGUCUAACAAUUAAUGUUUUUGUCCCCUUCUAGGAGCCAAUUCCACUUUGGCCCUGAGGCUGGUGAACGGCAGUAACCCAUGUGAGGGCCGCGUGGAAGUCCACUACCAAGGCUCCUGGGGCACCGUGUGUGAUGACGGGUGGGACACGAAUGACGCCAAUGUCGUGUGCAGGCAGCUGGGUUGUGGCGGGGCCAGUUCGGCCCCAGGAAGUGCCCAGUUUGGACAGGGCUCAGGGCCAAUUGUGUUGGACGAAGUGGAAUGCUCAGGGCAAGAGUCCUUCCUGUGGAGCUGCCCAAAUAGGGGCUGGAACUCCCACAACUGCAACCACGGAGAGGACGCCGGCGUCAUCUGCUCAGGAACCAAUGCUGGUUUGGACCUGAGGCUGGUGAAUGGCAGUGACCGGUGUCAGGGCCGCGUGGAGGUCCGCUACAAAGGAUCCUGGGGCACCGUGUGUGACGACGGGUGGGACACCAACGACGCCAACGUGGUGUGCAGGCAGCUGGGCUGUGGCUGGGCCAGGUCGGCCCCAGGAAGUGCCCGGUUCGGACAGGGCUCAGGCCCGAUCGUGCUGGACGACGUGGGCUGCUCAGGGCAUGAGUCCUACCUGUGGAGCUGCCCGCACAGGGGAUGGAACUCACACAACUGUGGGCACGGGGAGGACGCUGGAGUCAUCUGCUCAGCCAGCGGUUCUCAACCUUCCCCGUGUCCUGACCCGUUUCCAAAAUGUACCCUUAUUGUUGUUUCCGCAGACAACCCGCCCAGGAUGAGGCUCGCCAACGGCACCGGGAGGUGCUCCGGGCGCGUGGAGGUGUUCUACCAGGGCGCCUGGGGGUCGGUGUGCGGGGACGGCUGGGGCCUGCGGGAGGCCCAGGUGGUGUGCCGGCAGCUGGGGUGCGGCCGCGCGGUGUCUGCCCCGCUGGGCGCCCACUUCGGGCCGGGCUUCGGGAAGAUUCUCCUGGACAACGUGCACUGCAGCGGUGAGGAGAGCCACCUGGCCCUGUGCGCCCACGACACCUGGUUCACGCACGGCUGUGGCCACGAGGACGACGCCGGGGCCGUCUGCUCGGGUCCUCUAGCGGCAGAUGCCUUCCCGCCAGGGGGUGGCUUCUCCAAGCCUUCACUGACCACAGCCCCGGAGGCCCGGACACCUCCACCUGCAGGAGGCUGGGCCCCCAUGAGGCUGGUGGGCAGCAGGGGGAGCUGCGCGGGCCGCGUGGAACUCUUCUACCAGGGCAUCUGGGGGACCGUGUGCGAUGACCUCUGGGACCUGCCACAAGCCAACGUCGUCUGCAGGCAGCUGGGGUGUGGCCGGGCCGUUUCAGCGCCCGGUGAGGCCCACUUCGGGGAAGGUUCUGGCAAGAUCCUGCUGGACGACGUGCACUGCAGGGGCGACGAGGGGAGCCUGGAGGAGUGUGCCCACCUCGGCUGGCUCUCCCACAACUGCGGGCACGGAGAAGACGCGGGCGUGGUCUGCUCAGGUCGCCCGUCGGCUGCCAUGGCAGGGACGGCCACUGCAGAGAAACCUCGGUGCGGCGGCGUCAUCACUAACUCGUCGGGCGCCGUGAGGAACCCGCCGCGGAGUGACAUGCACGACAACGUGACCUGCGUGUGGGAGAUCCGGGCCAACGCGUCCGACCACGUGCUGCUGGCCUUCCCCUACCUGAACCUGGACUGCACCAACGAAUACUUUGACAUCCUGGAUGGCCCCCCGUCCUCGGCCACAUCCCUGGGGAGGACCUGCUCUGGCUUCUACCUCACCUACGAGUCCUCCUCCAGCUCCAUGACCCUCAAGUACUUCCGGAGCUCCAACAACAUCGGGAAGGUCUUCAUUGCGUAUUAUUACUCCGCAGCCAAAGGGGACUGGCCGGAGCUGCGGCUGGCAGGUGGCUCCGGCCCAUGCUCGGGGCGUGUGGAGGUCCUCCGCCAGGGGGCCUGGGGCACCGUGUGCGACGACCUGUGGGACCUGAACGAGGCUGCGGUUGUGUGCCGGCAGUUGGGCUGCGGCAGGGCCAUCGCUGCCCUGGGGAAGGCCCACUUCGGCCCGGGCUCUGGGGAGAUCCUCCUGGACAACGUCCAGUGCUCAGGGGCGGAGCGCCACCUGGGCCAAUGCGUGCACUCGGGCUGGGCGGAGCACAACUGUGGCCACCGUGAGGAUGCCGGCGUCACCUGCUCUGAUGCAGAAGACCUGUCUCCUCCCACACCUCCAGGGGGCACUGCUGCCCACGGCACCCACCGGGUGUGGGGCCGGGUCAUUGCGGUCACGCAGGUGCCCCCUGUUGUUGCAGGAGGAAGUGGCUCCUGUGGAGGGGUGCUGACCAGGCUCCCCGGCUCGUUUUCCAGCCCCCGGUACCCGGAAAACUACCCAACCGACACCCAGUGCGUCUGGGAGAUCCACGUGGAUAAAAAAUCCCACAUCAAACUCCUGAUUCCGAGCCUGAGCCUGGAAGACAUCCCGGGGUGCCCCUUCGACUCGGUGGAGAUCUUCGAUGGGCCCAGGAUCGCCUCACUCUCCCUGGGCCGGUUCUGUGCCCCGGGAGCUCUGCUGGUCUUCUCCUCCUCCGACACCAUGACCGUGGUCUUCCAGAGCGACUUCGUGGUCACCAACUCCGGCUUCUACGCUCUGUUCGACGUGAUUCCGCCGGAUGAGGGCGAGCCAGGAGGCAGCAGCUCCUGUGGGGGAGACAUGUCCGGCCCCGUGGGCUCCUUCUCCAGCCCCUGGUACCCCGCCAACUACCCCACGGACGUGCGGUGCGUCUGGGAGAUCCGCGUGGCUCAGGGGCUCCUCGUGUUGCUGACCGUCCCGAGGCUGCGGUUGGAGGACGCCUUCGGGUGCCCCUACGACUUCAUCGAGGUGUUCGACGGCCGGCAGAGGGCCUCGCUGUCCAUGGGCAGGUUCUGUGCCGGGGCGGCCCUCACCUUCCUCUCUUCCUCCAAUGUCCUGACCCUCGUGUUCAGAAGCGAUGCGGCUGUCACCCGCACGGGGUUCUACGCCCUGUACCGCGCUGUGGAGCCAGCCGAGAGCGCCGUGCAGCCGGGCCAGAGUGAGGAGAGCGAGGAGAGCGAGGAGAGCGAGGAGAGCGAGGAGCGAGGAGAGCGAGGAGAGCGAGGAGAACGAGAGCGGGAGCGGAACAGAAACCCAGGCGAGCUCUCCACGCGCUGCACCCGGCCUCCCCGGCUGCACGUGGACUCGACUGCUGACAGCCCCCAUACAGAGGCGGCCGUCAGGCUGACCAACGGCAGCCACCCGUGCGAGGGCCGCGUGGAGCUGCACAUCUUGGGCAUCUGGGCCACCGUGUGCGACGACGGCUGGGACCUGCGCGACGCCCGGGUGGUGUGCCGGCAGCUGGGCUGCGGCCGGGCCCUGGCGGCCCCCGGGAGCGCGCACUUCGGCCCAGGCCGCGGCCCCAUCGCCCUGGACGACGUGGAGUGCGAGGGCACGGAAGGCGGGCUGGGCCGCUGCCUGCACAGCAACUGGCUCUCCCACAACUGCGGGCACCAGGAGGACGCGGGUGUCACCUGCGCGGAUCUGCCCGUGGUGAGGCUGGCGGCCGGGCGGAGCCGGUGCGAGGGCCGCGUGGAGAUCCACCAUGACGGCGCCUGGGGGACCGUGUGCGACGACCUGUGGGGCCUGCCCGCCGCCCAGGUGGUGUGCCGGCAGCUGGGCUGCGGGGCGGCCCUGGCGGCCCCGGGGAGCGGGCUGUUUGGGGCCGGCUCCGGCCCCAUCUUCCUGGACGACGUGUCGUGCACGGGCAGCGAGACCAGCCUGGGGCGCUGCCACCACCUCGGCCUGUCGGUGCACAACUGCGGGCACCAGGAGGACGCCGGGGCCGUCUGCGCAGAGUCGCUGGGCCCGGACGGCUGUCUCAUUGUCAUCGUGUUUCUGUUCACUUGCAGCUUCCGUGUCCACGGCCCCGACCUCCACACCAGAUGCCUCCACCAGCUCCGCACACGGGACCUUCCCACCCCCACCCGGUACGGCUCGCUCGCCAUGACCACGACGUUCAAAUCCACGAGACCAGCUUCCUACUCAUGUUCCAACGCCCCGUCCACCGCCGCCGACGCGGAGGCCCCCUCCGACCGGACCCUGCGCCUGGUGGGCGGGCACGACCCCUGCGAGGGCCGCGUGGAGGUCUGGCACCGGGGCGCGUGGGGCACCGUGUGCGACGACGGCUGGAGCCUCCGCAACGCCCGCGUCGUGUGCCGCCUCCUGGGCUGCGGCCGCGCGCUCAGCGCCCCGGGGCGCGCCCGCUUCGGCCCCGGCGCCGGGCCCAUCCUGCUGGACCGGGUGCGCUGCGCGGGCGCCGAGGACGCGCUGGGGAGCUGCGCGCACGCCGGCUGGACCCGGCACCACUGCCGGCACCGCGAGGACGCAGGCGUGGUCUGCGCAGUGCAGAGCAGGGUUCGUUCUGAAACAGAGCGCAGAGGCCAAGAGGCCGCGGAGGAAGUGACUAAGGACAGACGGCUGGGCGGACAGUCUAUCCAGGCUGCUGCAGCCUCGCCUGACCUGCCUCUCCUCCUUCUCCCUCCGCAGGUGGAGCCCGCCCUGCUGCGCCCAGGGACCACGCUGAGCCAGCCCAGGGCACGUGGGUACUUUGCCCACAGCCCUGGCCUCCCGCCCUGGGCACCGGGCUCCCUGUGUGAGCUCCUGCCGCCCCUGCCCACAGCCCAGCUGUCCUGCUUGCCUCACCUUUUCCGGGUCACGGUGGACCGCGGCUACCUGCGGAGGCUGGGCUACUCCUCCUGGGACGUCCACCUGAACGACGAGCUGUGUCGCCCGCGCGUCGCGGGGCCCUUCCUCAUCUUCAGCGUCCCCUACGGCCACUGCGGCACCGCCCGACAGGUGAGACGGCCGGCAGCGCCCUCUGUGCUGGGAAAAGUCAGCGCCUAUUACACGCCUGGUGGGAACAGGGAAGGCAGGAGCGGUGGCUUUAUUCCUGAGUUCCGUGAGCCCUGCCAUGGCUCCCCAACUUACCUGAGACUUCCCUUCCAAUGGGGACUCUACUCCAACUCCAUCCGAGGCCGGCUGUGGGGCGCCCCCGGCCACCUCACCGUGAGGCACCGGGUGCCCCAGCUGAAGUUCACCUGCUCCGUGGACAGCCCGUCGGCAGUUGAACUUGUUCCUGGGGCUGACGAGCCGAGGCGGGGCGCUGCCUACGAGGUGUCCGCGGCGUUCCUCCAGCUGCCCGUGGCCCCGCCUGUGGGGAGUGCGGGGCCCGAGGACGCUGGCCAGAGGGAGGAGGUGUUCCUGCAGGCGACACUCCACAGCCCCGACCCCAGCCUGAGGGUCUCUGUGGACACCUGUGUGGCUUCUCCAGAUCCCCAUGAUUUUGCAACUGUCAAGUACGACUUGAUCCGGCAAGGUGGUGUGGGCCCUUCCCCCAGGUGCGUCGCAGAUGACACCUAUGUCAGCCUCCCCUCUCACCAGAGGAACACGGCCCAGUUCAAGUUCAAUGCCUUCAGCUUCCUCCCUGGUUACGAGGUGGUCUACCUGCGGUGCGAGGUCGCCGUGUGCAAAGCGGGCGACCCCUCCUCCCGCUGCUCCCAGGGCUGUGCUGGGCGGGGCCGGAGCCGGAGGGGCACGGGCCCUGUGGUGGCCACGGGGGAGCAGGCGGGGCGUCUCCGGGUGCUGGGGCCCCUGGAAAUCCAGAGGAACUGA